AUGCCGAGCGAGUUCCUCUCGCACACGGCCUGGAUUGACAAACUGGCCGCCGAGUCUCCCGACGAUGUCUGGAUCAAAUCUCCCGUCACGUCCGACAAAGGUGCGGUAACAUGGCAGGAUAUCACAUUCCUGGAGCUUAGCAAGGCCGUCGACACGAUGGCCCGCUGGAUGGAGAAGGAGCUCGGCCUGGGAACUGGUGACGAACCUGUCGCUUAUACCGGUGUCAACGACGCCCGGUACCCAAUCAUCAUCCUGGCGGCAUUGAAAACCGGCUACAAGGGCUUCAUGGUCUCUCCUCGGAAUUCGCUGGAGGGCAACCUGCAUCUGCUCAAGGCGACACAAUGCAGCAAGUUCAUCCACAGUGCCGAGUUCAAGACCACCGUCGACGGGGUCGCGGCAGAAGCAGCACAGCUGAGGACCUCACAGGUGCCGGAGCUACAGGAGAUCCUCUCCACUUCAAGCGACGCCCCUUAUGAGAGUCGCGCCGACAGGUACCUCCAAGACGACAAGACAGUCCUCAUCCUCCACUCCAGUGGCUCGACCGGCAAUCCGAAGCCCGUAUAUCUCAACGGCGGCAUCUUCCGGGUCGGCGCCCAGAGCCCGGCGCUGCCCGUCCCUGAAGGCCGGAAGAAUGUCCACAACCAGAUCCUGGGCACAAGGCUCAUGCUUUGCACCAUGCCCUUCUUCCAUGUCUACGGGGUGAUGAUGAUCUCCAACCGUUCCUUUUACAACCGGGGACCUCUAGCCCUACUCCCCCCUGGGGUACCGCCGACUGCUGAGCUCUUGCUUGAUGUUAUUGCCAAAGUCAACCCAUCCGUGGUUGUCUGUGCGCCCUCUAUUCUCGAAGACAUUUGCAACGUACCCGGCGGCGUCGAGAAGCUUUCCAAGUUGGAGCACAUAUUUUAUGGCGGUGCGCCCUUGGCCAAGGCGUGCGGCGAUGAGAUCUCCAAGGUUACCACUCUCGUCAACACCAUCGGUAACACCGAGUCCUUCAACUUCCCCAACCUGAUCCCGCUCGACGGCGCGGACUGGGAAUACUUUGAGUGGAACCCCAACUGUGGGAUCGUCAUGGAACCCACGGCGGAGGACGGAGUGGCGGAGCUCGUCAUUCAACGCCAGCCUGGCAACGACUACCAGGGCGUCUUCCACAACUUUCCCGGCACCGACGAGUUUCGCCCCAACGACUUGUUCGAACAGCACCCCACCAAGGAAGGGCUCUGGAAAUACGUCGGCAGGGCUGACGAUAUCAUCGUACUGCGCAACGGUGAGAAGACGAACCCGGUGUCGUUCGAGAAGGCGAUCGAAGGACACCACUGGGUCAAGGGUGCCCUCGUGGUCGGAACGGGACAGCUACAGACUGGCUUGAUCAUCGAGCUGCACGCUGAACACGCCCACCUGACUCUGGACGAGGUUCUGAAGGACGUGUGGCCGGUUGUGGAAGAAGCCCACAAACACUGCCAAGCGCACGCCCACGUUUGGCGGACCAUGGUGUUGCUCUCGACCCCGACAAAGCCCUUCAAGCGCGCGCCAAAGGGCUCCAUCAUGCGGAAAGCCACAAACAAGCUGUACGAGGACGAGAUCAAGAUCCUGUUCGAGGGGCCCGCCGACACCAACUCGGCCGCUCAGGGCAACAACGGUCUGAACAACAGCCAGAUUCGUGACAUGGUGAAAAAGGCUGUCUUGUCGGUUGUCGAAGGCCACGUAAGCGGCGACAUCACCGACGAUGCCAACCUCUUCAAACUCGGUGCCGACUCUCUCCAGGUGAUGCAAAUCCGCCAGGUCCUCAGCUCCGCCGGCGUCACCUGCCCGACGCGGGCGGUUUACGAGAACCCAAGCAUCAACCUCCUCGCCAAAGCCCUCGGCAACGGGGCCAGCAGCGAAACCCCAGCCAUUACUGUCUCCAGGGAGGAGAAAAUGUCAGCCAUGAUCCACAAGUACACCGACUUUGCGCCGGUAACAACCCAACAACCAUCCGACUCCUCCUCCGCCAUGCUGCUCGUCGGCUCCACAGGCGCCCUCGGCACCCACCUCCUGCACGAGCUCCUCCAAAACCCGUCCAUCACGCGCAUCUAUUGCCUCAACCGCUCCGCCGACGCCGCCGCGCGCCAAACCCAAGCCUUCCUCGACCGCGGCCUCACCCUCGACACCCCGGCCCCGGACAACAACAACCUGGCGUCCCACCCCAAGAUCCGCUUCCUGACGGGCCAAACCCACCUCCCGCUCUUCGGCCUCGACUCAACCACUUACGCCGACCUCCAGGCCGACGUCGCCACCAUCCUGCUCAACGCCUGGCCCGUCAACUUCAACAGCACGCUGGCGACCUUCGAGGACAACAUCGCGGGCGUGAAGCGGUGCGUCGACUUCGCGGCGGGUGCGCCCCGCCGCCCCCACAUCGGCUUCGAGGGCGCGGCGCUGACGGUGCCCGAGGCGUUUGAGCUGGAUAAUAGCCUGCCGGCGAGGCAGGGGUAUGGCGAGUCGAAGCACGUGGCGAGUUCGAUCCUGGCGCGGGCCGCGAGGGAGGGAGUCGUGGGUGGCACGGUGUUGAGGGUGGGGCAGCUGGCGGGUACGGCCGAGGCGGAGGGGGUGUGGAAUCGUCAUGGUGAUGGUGUUGCAGAAUGGGUGCCCUCGCUCAUCAAGACGUCCAAGUCGCUCGGCAAGAUCCCGCGGUCUCUGGGACCGUCGAAUGACAAUGUCAUCUGGGUGCCCGUGGACACGGCGGCAAAGAUCAUCCUCGAGUUCCUUCCGCUGGACGGUGAGAAGGAAGACUCUAGGGAAGCCGGGUGCUUCAACGUGAUGAACCCGCAAAUCACGCAAUGGAGCGCCCUGGUGGCAACGACGCAAGAGUACUACGCAAAGGAGGGACAUGAGAUUGUGACAGUCGAUCUUGACGAGUGGUUGGAUGAGCUCAAGGGAAUCGAUGCCGCGCAGACGCCAGAACAGAUCGACCAAUACCCUGCCGUCAAGAUCCUCGACUUUUUUGAGGGGCUCAAGGCGGACGGGGACAUGAAGGGGCCUUUGACGGGCUUUGCAACGGAGAAGGGGAGUCUGAAGAGUCCUGCGAUGGCUGGCUUGCGGUCGUUGGAGGGUAGCCUGAUGCAGAAAUGGCUACAGGAGUGGGACUUUUGAGGGACUUGCUUUUGAUGGAAUAUUC